AAAGAAAGGUUCAGACAACAAACAGAAUCCUUACCUCACACAUACUCUCUCACUCUCGUGUCUUGUAUAGCUUCAAAUCUUUCCCUCCACAAGGGAAAGAAAGCAAAGAAUUUAUGGAAACCAACUCAGUUUCCAAGCUUCUGGUACUUGUCUUCACUGUUCUGUUUGUAGGUUCUGAGUUGAUCCAUUGCAGUGUCACCUAUGAUAGGAAAGCCAUUAUCAUCAAUGGCCAAAGGAGAAUCCUCAUCUCUGGCUCCAUUCACUACCCCAGAAGCACCCCUGAAAUGUGGGAGGAUCUAAUUAGGAAGGCGAAAGAUGGAGGCCUUGAUGUUAUCGACACUUAUGUGUUCUGGAAUGUUCAUGAACCAUCUCCUGGCAAUUACAAUUUUCAAGGGAGGUACGAUCUGGUACGGUUCAUUAAGACAGUGCAAAGGGUUGGGCUCUAUGUCCACCUUCGCAUUGGACCUUAUGUAUGCGCUGAGUGGAACUUUGGAGGGUUUCCUGUUUGGUUGAAGUAUGUUCCUGGCAUCAGCUUCAGAACAGAUAAUGGUCCUUUCAAGGCUGCAAUGCAAAGUUUCACUCAGAAAAUAGUUCAGAUGAUGAAGAACGAAAAGCUAUUUCAGUCUCAGGGUGGUCCAAUCAUUCUUUCUCAGAUUGAGAAUGAGUAUGGACCUGAAAGCAGGGCACUGGGAGGUGCUGGUCAUGCAUACACAAACUGGGCUGCAAAGAUGGCUGUUGGAUUGGGUACUGGUGUCCCCUGGGUAAUGUGCAAGCAAGAUGAUGCCCCAGAUCCAGUGAUAAAUGCAUGCAAUGGUUUUUAUUGUGAUGACUUCUCUCCAAAUAAACCAUACAAACCUAGCCUUUGGACUGAGUCUUGGAGUGGUUGGUUCACAGAAUUUGGUGGUCCAAUUUACCAACGACCAGUUCAGGAUCUAGCAUUUGGGAUUGCCCGUUUCAUACAAAAGGGUGGCUCAUUUUUCAAUUACUACAUGUACCAUGGAGGAACUAAUUUUGGACGAUCAGCUGGAGGGCCAUUCGUUACUACAAGCUAUGACUAUGAUGCUCCAAUUGAUGAAUAUGGUUUGAUCAGGGAACCUAAAUAUGGUCAUUUGAAGGACCUUCAUAAAGCUAUUAAGCAAUGUGAACGGGCUUUGGUUUCUUCAGAUCCCACUGUCACAUCAUUAGGAACGUAUGAGCAGUUAUCUUCCAGGCUCAUGUGUUCUCUUCAAGAAAUGGAGCAUGUGCAGCUUUUCUUGCAAACUACAAUUCAAAUUCUGCAGCAAAAGUGAUGUUCAAUAA